GAGAGUCGCAUUUCUUAUUUGGACCAGUGUAGACAGAAGCAAAUCAGCUCACUUUUCCCUGGGACAGUUAGAGGAUGGCUUUUGCAGAGCAUUCACCACUGACCCUUCACCGCCGGGACCUCUGUAACCGCUCUAUCUGGCUAGCAAGGAAGAUUCGUUCAGACCUGACUGCUCUUAUGGAAUCUUAUGUGAAGCAUCAGGGCCUGAGCAAGAAUAUCAACGUGGACUCUGUGGAUGGUGUGCCAAUGGCAAGCACUGAUCACUGGAGUGAGCUGACUGAGGCCGAGCGACUACAAGAGAACCUCCAGGCUUACCGUACCUUUCACGCUAUGUUGGCCAAGCUUUUAGAAGAUCAGCAAGUGCAUUUCACCCCAGCGGAAGGUGAUUUUCAUCAAGCAAUACAUACCCUUGUGCUCCAAGUCUCUGCCUUUGCCUAUCAGCUGGAGGAGUUAAUGGUGCUUCUGGAACACAAGAUUCCCCCAAAUGAUGCUAAUGGGAUGCUUGUUGCUGUUGGAGAUGGUGGCCUCUUUGAGAAGAAGCUGUGGGGGCUAAAGGUGCUUCAAGAACUUUCACAGUGGACUGUGAGGUCCAUCCAUGACCUUCGUGUCAUUUCUUCUCAUCAGAUGGGAGUCUCGGCACAUGAGAGCCGUUACAUGGUUAAGGACAAGCAUAUGUAGCAGUUGGUCCCCUCUCCUUCCUGUCCUCCCUCUUUCCCUCUCCAUUUCUGCUGAUGCCAUAUAUAUGGUUAGUUCUCUGGGGCCUCAUUUUCCCAGCAUCAGUUUUUGGAAAUACUGGACCACAGGCAUUUUCAGCAAGUCAGGUUAACACAUGGACUAGUGGGCAUACAGGUUUAGUUUGGGGCUUGUGUAUAUGUAUGUGCAUGUAUUUGUGUUGGGGCGGGGGGCUUAAAGGAGUGGGAACAGAGACACCAUCCUUCUACCUUAAUGCUCUAACCCUU